AUGGCGGAGUCUGGGGAGCUCCGAGAAAGGAAGCCGUGUAGUGGGGAGCAGGCUCCAGAUAGCGGGGGGCUGCCGAGGGCGGAAGAUAGGAUGACGGCGGCGGAGUACUCCCGGAGGCUGCAGGAAUGGCUCUGGCAGUGUUAUUGCGGCUCUGUGUGCUGGCAGAACAACUGCGCUACCGCCGCCGCUCUGCUCAUGAUCAACGCGGCCCCGGGAGGUGUGGGGGACCCGUCCAGGGCGAGCACUAACCGGGCACCUACCGCCCACUCUGCCACCAGUGCGGUCAGCGCCGCGCCUCCUCCGGCUGCAGGUCGCGAGUUCAUUAUUCCUACUUUGGCACAAAGGUUCAGAGCAGAGAUGGUGGACUUCUUCAUUCUCUUUUUCAUAAAGGCAGCUGUUAUUUUAAGCAUAGUGCAUUUUAGUGGAAUCAAGGAUAUUUCCAAAUUUGCAAUGCACUACAUAAUUGAAGAAGUAGAUGAAGAUACAUCAAUGGAAGACCUACAGAAAAUGAUGGUGGUGGCACUUAUUUACAGGCUCUUGGUCUGUUUUUAUGAGAUUAUCUGCAUCUGGGGAGCAGGUGGUGCAACUCCAGGAAAGUUCCUACUUGGCCUUCGGGUUGUGACAUGCGAUAACUCUGUGCUAGUUGCUCCAAACAGAGUAUUAGUGAUCCCUUCCACAAAUGUUAAUAUGACUGCGUCAACAGUCCGAGCUGUGAUCAAGAAUUUCUCCAUUGCUUUCUUCUUCCCUGCAUUUAUUACGUUGCUAUUCUUCCAGCAUAACAGAACAGCCUAUGAUAUUGUCGCAGGCACCAUCGUUGUAAAGAGGAACAUGAGAUGA